AUGCGAUUCAUAUUCCUACUUGCCCUUGCUGGCAGCACCAUGGCGGCAAAAGCACCCGAAACUGAUACCCUAGCUAAAAACGGGCUCGACCAGCUAUGGCUUGACGUCGCCAAACAUCCCAAUAGCUACUCGACGAAAUGUACCAAAAGAACAGUGGCUCGACGACGUGAAUGGUCCAAACUCAAGCGUUUAGAGAAACUGAAUUACAUUGACGCUGUUCAGUGUACUGGGCAAAAGAAGGCCAGAACUCCGGCUGCCAUUGCUGCAGGGGCUAAGAGUCGCUACGAUGAUUUUGUUGUUACUCACAUCUUGCUAACGCAAUACACGCACGGGAAUGGCAACUUUCUGUCGUGGCACCGCUACUUCAUGUGGGCGUGGGAACAAACUCUGCGCAACGAAUGCGGGUACAAGGGCUAUCUCCCCUACUACAACUGGGCGUUGUGGGCUGAUAACCCUGCUGCUUCUCCACUCCUCGAUGGCAGCGACACGAGCAUCUCGGGAGAUGGAGAGUACGUUCCCGGACGCAAUGUUAGCUGCGUGCCUAAUCCAGGCCGAUGCUUUGUAGAAAUUCCUCCCGGUAACGGAGGUGGGUGCGUCGCUUCUGGACCCUUCAAGAACUGGAAGAUGCAUGUCGGACCUAUCUCGUCUCUUGACACUACUGUACAGCCAAAUCCAUCCCCUGAUGGUCUUGGCUACAACCCCAGGUGUAUCAAGCGAGACAUCAACACCCGCUCAUCAUCCGAGACCACCGAUGUCAACGUCGCCGGACUAAUCACAGACAGUGCCAAUAUCUCCGCUUUCCAAAACAUGCUUCAGAACCCUUCUCCAGGAAUACUCCGUGUUCAUCUUGGUGGUCAUCAAACAAUCGGCGGCGAUGCUGGUAGCGAUUUCUAUAACUCUCCGUCUGACCCGUACUUUUGGAACCACCACGCACAAAUUGACCGAAUUUGGUGGAUUUGGCAGAAUCAAAACUUGAAGGAGAGACGCUUUACUAUUGCUGGUACCCUUACUUUCCAGAAUGUCCCACCAACAAGAAAUGCGACGCUGGAUGAUGUUAUGACAUUUGGGGAGUAUCUGGGCUUCCCAAAUAUGACUAUCAAGGAGGUUUCGAGCACGCUUGCUGGACCCUUCUGUUAUAUCUAUGAGUAG